AUGGCUCACAGUGCUCUGGAUGUUACGGGCGUGCAAGGGACGUCUAGCACUGCAGCUGCAGUAGAUGCAGGUGAUGUGGAAGAGAGAUUUACCAGUGGAGACAGAUCUGAAAUCCUGAUGCAAGUUCCUGAAACUGACAGUUCCACACACACAAUCGGAAACCUGCCGCCCCAUUGUCCUGAUGAGGAUCUGUCUUGUGAUGUCGAUGUCAGCAAUGCAGACGAGUUAGCGUGUUCAUACUCAACUGCUAACACUUCUAAGCAGAUCACAAACACUAAUCAUGAAGGCAUUGAAGUACUCAGGAGGUUGGCUGUUAGGCAUCAUCUAAGUGACAGUGCUUUGGAAGAUGUUUUAGGAGCCAUACGAAUCCACUUACCGCCGCCUCUUGAAGUACCACGACAUUUAAGGUCUCUGUAUCUAUUUCGCCAAUGUGCAAUGACAGAUUCGCGUGCAACCUCUGAAACUGGUGCUGUCCUUCCUCACACCAUCAUUCAUUACUUGUGUGGAAACUGCUGGGACAAAGUUGAUGGAACUAUUGGCUGCAGUAGGGAUGAGUGUGAAGAUGAAAAAUUGGUUGCGUUCUAUGAAUUGUCUAUAGCUCAGCAGAUUCAAGAAUUUUUUCAAGACAAACAGUUCUCACAUUUUCUACUACACUGUGAUACUAGACUGUCACCAGUUGAGGAUGGUGUUUCGGACAUCUGGGACGGAGCAGAGUACAGACGUUUAUUUGCGCCUUCUUCAGACAAAGCGGUAUAUCUGACCGUGGCAAUGAACAUUGAUGGAACGCCCUGCUUUCAGAAAGGCAAGGUGUCAUUAUGGCCAGUGUACUUGCGCAUAAACGAACUUCCUGCCAAAAUCCGGCAUUCUAAAAUGUACAAGGUCCUAGCUGGAUUAUGGUGCGCGUUGUCCAAGCCAUCAAUGACGUCAUUUCUACAACCCAUUUGUAGACAACUCAAUAAGCUCCAGUAUUCAGGAAUUGAGGUUAAUCUGCCAUCUGGUACUAAGAUAAAUUGUUUUCUUCAAGUGAUAGUAAUGGUAGCUGAUCUACCUGCAAAGGCAGCAGUCUUGAACUGCAAUCAAUUCAAUGGAAGGUUUGGGUGCUCAGACUGUGAGAUUGAAGGAAAAGUAAUUAAGAAGGGAAGAGGUCAUGUUCGUGUCUACCCUUUUCUUUCUGUUGCUGCACCGCCUCGAACUCAUAGCACAGUUUUUAACCAAGGAACUGUUGCUGUAAACAGUAAAGUUGUUGAAAGGGGAGUGAAAGGUCUGUCAGCAUUAUUCAAUUUAGCCAACUUUGAUGUUGUGAAAGGUGUGCCUGUGGACUACAUGCACUGCGUUCUAGAGGGCACUGUCCGUCUUCUCAUGCAACUGUGGUUUGAAGGAAAGCACAGUAGUAAAGCAUUUAGUCUACGAAAGCACCUUUUGGUUAUAUCCAGCAUUUUCGAAGCCCAAAAACCACCGAAUUUUGUAGCUCGAUUACCUUCCAGCAUAUCGAAAUACAAAGAAUGGAAAGCCACAGAGCUCAGAUCUUGGCUUCUCUUUUACUCCUUGCCUCUUUUAUCCUACUAUUUGCCAUAUGAAUACUGGAGACACUUGGCGCUGCUAGUGAACAGCAUGCACAUUAUGCUGAGCAACUGCAUCUCAAAUGAGGCACUGAUAGUUGCAAAUAGUAUGCUAAGAACUUUUGUGACCAAAUUUUCGGAUAUGUACGGUGAAGAGAACAUGUCAAUGAAUAUCCACAUGCUGCAGCAUCUCAAAGAUGGAGUACAAAAUUUUGGUCCUUUGUGGACCCAUUCAGCAUUUGAGUUUGAGUCGCUUAAUGCUGUCAUCAAAAGUGCAGUGUCUGGAAAGACACAUGUGGCACAGAAGAUCAUACGGCAUUGGUUUGAUAAUCUCCUUCUUGGAAAAAUUCUCCAAGCUUGUCAGAUGUGUCUUUGGGACAAAUUGCAAUUGCAACAAUUGGCCAAAGAAAUAAUUUGAGACUUGGUGGUCACAUGUUUCUCUCAGAAGAUACAUUUGCCCUUUCGCCUGUUUCUUUUGAGAAAGCAAGCAUUGUUGAGACUGGAAUAAGGAUCAAAGAAGAUGCCAUUAGAGUUCCAGAUGACUUGAAGAGUCCGUUUG